AUGUUGUAUGACAAGCCACAGACCUUAAAACCACCGAGGGUAGAUGUCUUGAUGGUAACACCUUGGCUUGCCCCAAUCAUAUGGGAUGGCAGUUUUAACAUUGACAUUCUGAAUGCACAGUUUCAUCAAAGAAACGUCCGUGUUGGCAUUACGGUUUUUGCUAUUAAAAAGUAUACGGUCUUUGUCAAGACUUUCAUUGAAACUGCUGAACAGUUCUUCAUGGUGGGCCAUAAAGUCAACUACUAUGUGUUUACAGACCAGGCUAAUGAGAUUGUCAAUUUGACCCUUACUGAGGGGAGGCAGCUGGUCAUUCUGGAAGUUCCCAGUUAUAAACGGUGGCAAGAAGUGUCCAUGAGGCGCAUGGAGAUGAUACGAGAUCAUGCACGUCAACGUUUCUUCAAAGAAGUGGAUUUCUUGGUGUGUGUGGAUGUAGACAUGAAGUUCAGUGAUUCUGUUGGGGUGGAAAUAUUAAGUGAUGUGUUUGGCACGGUACAUCCUAGUUACUACAAUGGACCACGUAAUCGUUUCACUUACGAGCGAAGACCGCGGUCAACAGCUUACAUUCCUAGAGACGAGGGGGACUUUUAUUAUGCAGGAGGGCAUUUUGGUGGUACAGUUGCAGAGGUUUACAAACUAACCAAUUUCUGCCAUAACGCCAUGAUGACCGAUAAGGAGAAAAACAUUGAAGCCAUCUGGCACGAUGAAAGCUAUGUAAAUAAGUAUUUUCUUUACCACAAGCCAACCAAGAUUCUGUCUCCAGAAUAUCUGUGGAUUAGUGGCUAUGGUGUUCCAGUAUUCCUCAGGAGAAGACGGGUUGUUACUCUUCUAAAAAAUAAUAACGCAAUUCGGAACAAACGGGCAUUGCUGAAUAUCAAAAGUUACAAAACCUAA